AACUAUCACAAGUACAGGCCAGGCACCCUGUUAAGCAUGCUGCACAGUUCAAACUAUCACGUGUGAUCACAACAGAUGAACCUCUAUCACUCCAGUCAGUAAAUGAGACCUUAACGGCUAGGCCACCUCCAGAAAUCCCAAUAACAGAGACUGAAAUAAAGUUGCUAGCCUAA